UUGAAAGUAAUGGACUCGUUAGGAGGACUGGCUGAGUUUAACGGGGAGCCCGGGGCGGAGGGGGACUCGGCGUGCGCGGGGGAAGAAGCUCCCGCUGUGUUUCUGUGUGAGAAAUGCAAAAGCCCCCUGGGGGACACGUUUGCGUGUAAUGGUACUGACAGUGAGGAGCGCAGUAUAAUGCUGAAAGCUGUUUCUAUGUAUGUGACUGUGGAAAAAAAACGCAUUCUCUCAAGACAUGCACAGGAGUGUGGCUGCGUAUUUGAAAAUUUGAUAUGCAGUGGUUGUAAGACAGAAAUCGGGAAAAUUUACAGAUGCACCCCAAAGCACCUAGAUUACAAAAGGGAUAUUUUUUGCCUUUAUGUUGAUGCUGUUGACAGUUAUGUCUUAGGGUCUUCGUGUGUGCAAGUCUUUUCUGAUACUGAAGAACCUGUGACAUUUGAAAGCCGAAUGGCACUGGAGGAAGAAUUUGUAAAGGCCAAUACCGUCCUCACAAUACUAAAAGCCAAAGUGGCAGCCAUUGAAAAGAGACUUUUACAUGACAAAGGCUAAAUGGACCAUUGGUUAAGCAGACAACCAUUUUUCUGAAACGCUGAGGGGGGGGGGGGGGGGUGUAAGGAUCUGUGAUUUCCUCCUACCCUAUUUUUUUUUUUUUUUUUUUUAUUGGAUUUUUUUUUACGUGUAAUUAUGAAAGAACAGAUGUAAAGAACAUGUGAUACUUCCUGGGCCACAUCUUUUGACUUUACCCGUGUUUAACAUUUGCGUAAUUAGAAAUCUGCUCUUUAAAUGUGUUGUGCCUCAGCUGCGAUCAAUACUGGGAGCACACUACUAUCUGAUGGUUUCCUGCUUUUCAUGAACAGGGAGGGUUGGUUAAAAUGUGUUCUAGUUUCCUUUUGGUCCAAGACCAAUUUGGCUGGGAAAAGCCACAGACAGCUGCCUCUGAGUCCCUACAAUCCUUCUGGUGUAUUGAAUAGUAACCAACUCAUGAAUAAGUGAUUGCUUCCAAAAUCUUCAUGAAAAGCACAUACAUCUGUGCCUUCGAAGCAUGAUUUAAGGUUUACAGUCUUCUAGAUUCUGCAUGAAAUUAAUAUUAUUGUAACGAAGAAAUGUGUUCAUAUCCAUAAAAAAAAUUUUGGCAAACAUUAUAUUUCAUCUUGUCACGACACCAGUGUAAUUUUUAAAUUUUCAAUGUUUUAAUUUUAAAUUUUAUCGUGUAAUUGUAAAAGUUCUCCAGCAAAAGGAGCGCAAUAGGCACCAUAACCACUGUGGUGGUUGUGUAAGUAGUCUGGCAGGGUUAUUUACUAAAGUGAAUUCUCACUUUAAUAAAUAAUCAUGUUACCUUGUUUGAGUUCCUUCUCCUGGACCACUAUCAAACUGCUUUCAAGCUGACCUGCUUUCAUAUCUCGUUGACUAUCAUUGCUGUCCAAUUGUAGAAGAUGGAUAAUGCUGCUGUAUGUGAUCUGCAGCAGAGGGGCAGGUUUUUGGUGUUGGGCGAGCCCCAGUAUUGUCAAAGCCACAACCAGCGUUUUACAAAAAUGGGGGAAUAACCACUGCAGUAAUCUGUAGUUGUUAUGGUAUUGCGGUCACAUAUUUAAAGGGGAACUGUCACUUAUUAUGUUGUGUUUUUUAACAAAUAUGUAUUAAUGAGGUAUGAGAAGUCACAUGACUUUAUCCUGCAACCGAGUAAACACAUCUUAGCUCCCUGACAAUUUUAAAACCACCUGUCCUUUGUAUCUUCCAAAAGUUCAAAGUGAUUUUCAGUAUUUUAUUAAAUUGUGUAAUUUGCAUGAAAGUCACAGUUUAUCUUUAAUGAUUAAUCAAACAGACAAUCCAAACCACCUGGAGAUGCAUAUUAAAUCUUGUGGCAAAGUGACUUACCUGGGUUAAUAUGCUUGCUCAGAUUUGACAAGUUUUGGCCCAAAAACCUGAAUGCCACCCAGUUCUACGCUCAGCCUCCUAUUCAAAUUGUAGUGAGACCCCAUGACCAUAAACAUCAUGCUUGGUUUCUGCCUCUGCACAUUGUCAAUAGAUCUUGUAUAUAGUUAAAUGUUUUUUUUUGUAUUGACUGAAUAAAAGUUCAUUUCUACUUGACCC